AAGCCGUCAUUAGUUGGCUUUGUCGGAGCCUUAGUUUUCUUUGUUUGUUCUGGGUUUCAACAGUUAUACAUCUCUCAAGAAUUAUCCUUAACACGUCGACCAGAAUUUAUCUAAAGUGAAUUUCUUAUUCAGCAGUUGCUUUGGGUGCAGAAACAAUGUAUAUUUCGAUGUUGAUUGCUGUAUUCCAAGCCUUGACCCUUUUACCUGGUGGACUUGGCAGCCAUUACGUGGCCGUUAAUGGCACUCAUUUCGUCCACAAUGGAGAACGACUGUUCAUGUCUGGAGUCAACCAGCCUUUUUUACGUUACGGAGAGGAUUUUGGUAACGGUGGUUUCCAGAAGGGCAUCAACGGCUUCCGGAGCACGUUUAGAUUUCUCCAGGAAAACGGCGGGAACUCUGUCAGGAUGUGGGUGUACGCGGAUGCGCAACAUGAACCUCGUUUUGACAGCAUUGGCCACGCCUUCCUCCCCACGGAUUUCAUCUCGGACAUGAAAGCUUUUCUUCACGAAGCUCAAAAACACAAUGUGCUGGUUAACUUUGUGUUUUGGAACGGAGCGAGAUCUCUAAAAAACCCUCAUGUCCACGGACUGUUUACCGACGACAGUAAGAUGGCGGCGUACCUGGACCGUGUCCUCAAGCCUAUUGCCAGUGCGCUUAAAGACGAACCGGCCCUUUUGUCCUAUGAGAUUAUCAACGAACCAGAAGGCUUGAUGCAAACGGGUCAUCAUGAUGACCACCGAUGUUACGACAGCAGUAAGUUUCACAAGCCACUAGCCGGCUGGACAGGACAACAGAUCCCCAUGCGACAUCUCCUUCGUUUUAUUGCAAAACAGGCUGACGCCAUACACGUCGUAGACCCUAAGGCACUGGUCACUGUGGGAUCUUGGGGGUACACAGCCAACUCUGACGUGUACGGGACCAACUUCUACUCUGACAGUUGUCUGAAGGAGGCCAGCGGCACGGACAGAGGUCAUCUGGACUACUAUCAGAUACAUACGUACCAGACCAGUACACAUCAGUACAGGGACGGGUCUCCUUUCACGGUUCCGAUGAACAGAUACAAUCUGGAUAAGCCUGUAAUCAUUGGAGAGUUUAGUCAGGCUUCAGGUGCCGGUCACUCUAGCCACCAGCAGUACACCUGGGCCUAUUACCACGGUUACAGCGGGGCCUGGAGUUGGGCCUACCUUCAUCUGGAUGACGUCUCCGACAACCACAGCGUCAUACAAGAGGGACUUCAUGCAACGCGACACAAAAACGAACAGGCUUAUGGAGGGCGCGUCAGCGUUGAUUUAUAAUUACAUGGAUACUACUGCAGCUGGCAGACUUUGUUAGAAACAGUGAGGAUUUAGACAAGUGUACACACAGACUGGAGAUUUGUACAAAAUGUUAACAAAGAAAUGUUAACAUUUGGAAGUAAUGGAUAUCAAACUGCAGAUUUAAAUAAAGA